AUGGCCAUUUCAUUAGGGGAAGCAAUUUAUAUUGCUGUGAAACCCAUUUUAAAGAUUUAUUUAAUCAUACUUGUCGGAUUUAUCAUAGUUAAAAAUAAAAUGAUUAGUGUAGAAACCUCAAGAGGGAUUUCAAAUUUAGUUAUCAAUGCGAUUUUACCAUGUUUGACUUUUAAUAAAAUCGUGGGCAAUCUAGAAGAUAAAGAUAUCAAAGAAAUUGGCGCUAUUUGUUUAACCGCCAUUAUGUUGUUUACAGCAGGCGGUUUAGGUGCUUAUGCUUUAUUAUAUAUUACACCAGUACCUGAAAAAUGGAAGUGGGGAUUGAUUUUUGCUGGAUUAUUUCCCAAUAUAUCUGAUUUACCUAUCGCUUACAUGCAAAGCAUGACUACAACAAAUUUGUUUAGUUCAGACCAAGUUGAUAAAGGGGUUGCUUACACCUGUAUCUUUUUGACUGUUCAAAAUUUUAUGAUGAUGAAUCUAGGAAUGUUUAGAAUAGUGGGUCUUGAUUUCAGAGAGGAUAUAAAGCAUAAUAGUGACGAAGAGGCGUAUGUUGUCAGUAAGCAAGGCGAAGAAGAAAGUCAAAACAUAUCAGAUGCUAAUGGAGAGCCCAUUUCCAAUAACAAUACUGAUAAAUUACGAUCCGUUAAUACACAAGACAUGCCAGUAGGGGAGAUUUUCAAAAAUAACAAUAGUACAAUUGAUAACAGCAACCAAUCUAUAUAUUGUAUACCACAGAAUACAGAUAUGUACAAAGAACCAUUGCAUAUAUAUUUGACUAAUAAUUCUGUAACCACUACUGCCUCUGCACCAAAAUCAAUGAACGAGAUCAGCUAUACAAAAAUAAAAAGGAGGAAAAGAACGCAAUCGUUGGUUAGCGAGUACAGUGCUUUAUCCAGAAUUAGAUCUGGUGAUAUUGAUUUAACAAAGCCACUAACUUUAACAAGUGAGGUGGGCAACGUAAAUUAUGGGGAUAAUUUAGUCGACGAAGAUUGUGAAAUUGGUAUUCAUGCAAAAGAUAAUAAUUCACUAUAUUUAUCUGCAAAGGAUACAAUAUCGACAAUACAUAACAUACCAGGUAAUUUUGAUGGAUUUUGUACUAAAUAUCAUUUAAAAUGGCUUCAUUAUAUUUUAAUAAAUUUUUGUAGGCCGGCUUCAAUCGGAACAAUUUUGGGUAUUAUAUGUGCUAUGAUCCCAUGGGUCAAAGCUCUAUUCGUACAUACCGAUGUUCACGUCCAUCAAGCUCCUGAUGGCGAGCCAGUUUUAAACUUUCUAAUGGAUUUUACUUCCUAUAUUGCAAAUGCAUGUGUUCCAUUAGGAUUAUUGUUAUUGGGCGGGACAUUGGGAAGAUUGGAAAUAAAUAACAUUCCACAAGGAUUUUUAAAAACCGCAUUAAGCAUGACAUUAAUUAGGUUAACUAUAUUACCAAUUAUUGGUGUCGCUUGGGCAAAUAAAUUGUAUGACAUGCAUUGGGUGGACACUGUAAUAGCUAAGUUUGUUGUCAUCUUAACGUGGUCUAUGCCCAAUGCAACUGCGCAAGUUUAUUUUACUGCCUUUUAUACUCCUUUAGAGGGGAGGCAUUUACAAAUGGAUUGCUUGAGUAUUUUUUUUUUGUUAGAGUAUAUGGUUUUAUUUAUAACUGUUUCUUUUGUUAUUAGCUAUACUCUAAAAGUGGAUUUGAAAUUUUAG